AUGGAUAUAAACGGGUAUAAUAAAGAAAAUGAAAAAGUUGAAGUGAAGAAUUCAGCGGAACGAUGUUUAGACGAAGUACAACAGUGCAGUGAUGAAGUAAUAGUCGGUGAAAUUGAUGAUUUUGUUCGCGAAGUGAUUGAAGCUGUCGCCUAUAUUAUCGAUUGUCGGAAAGCUUCAUCUGCAAGUAGAAAAAACAUCGAUAAGAUAUUUGAAACAAGUGAUACAGAUUCUAUUACUGGAGAUUUUGUAAAAAAAGAGGCACAAAGAAAUAUAUCUGUCUGCUGUCAUCGAAAAAUAAUGGUAAAGCAGUUAGCUGAGAAAGAAAAGAGAAUCAAAGAACGGAGAAGGAUUGCCGCAGAGAAAAUGAAAAACCGCGAGGCUACUGUGAAAGAGAAAAAGCGGAAAAAGGAGGAAGCGCAGAAGGAGAGGGAGAAACUAAAAAGAGAACAAGAAGAAGCGAAAAAAAAGAAGCGUAAAGAGGAUCUGCGGAGGAAGGAGGAAAGAAAAAAAGAGGAAGAAGAAAAAAAAGAGCGACGGAGAGUAGAAGAGGGACUUAGGAAACAAAAAAAGGAGAAAGAAGAGGAGGAGCGUAAAAAAAAGAAAAAAGAAGAGGAAGAAAGACGUGAAAAGAGGAAAAGAGAGGAAGAGGAAGUACAACUUAAGAAGAAACGCGAGUCGGAUCGUUUCCUCUCAUUUUUUGAUAAGAAACGAAAGAUGGAAGGAGAAUUUGAGAGAUUUGAUACAGUGCAGACAUCAUCUGUGCUUAAUGUCUUGCCAUUUUUCUGCAAACAAGGAGUGUCACUUGCACCGUUGUUUCGACGCGAGCCAUUGUCAAAAGAAGUUCAUGACAGUCUUUUGAUGGAAGUACAUCCAGUCGAAAGGCUGUAUCUGUCAACUAUUAAACCUCGUACUGUCGGGAAAUUAAAGUUAAAUCGGGCCAAGCUGUUUCAAUUUCAUGAUAACUGGAGGCCUCCGUAUUAUGGGACAUGGAGGAAACGAAGCACUGUUAUAACAGGCAGGAGACCUUUCGCUAAAGAUACGGAGAUAUUAGAUUAUGAAGUAGAUUCAGACGAGGAGUGGGAAAUUCCAGAGGGUGAUGACUGCGAUGAAAGUACAAUGAGUGAAGAUGAAGAGGAUUCUGGUCACUCGAGUGACAGUGAUGGUUUUAUUGUUCAACAUGGGUAUCUAUCAGAAGGUGAGGGUGAAGAUGAACAAGAUCGUCUUGAAUAUAGCGAAGACUCUAAUAGACGUGCGGAACGUCUCAGAGCUGUGGCAAAUGAAUGGAAGUAUAAUCUCGAACAAAAAUCAAAGAAAUUUAACAAACCUUUAAUUCCACUUCUAUGGGGCCCACACUUUGAACUACCAGCAAAAGGUGUUCCUGAGGAAGUGGAACAAGCUGUCUUUUUCGAAUAUUCGGAUGAGAAUGAUGUUGUUGAAGAUGAUUCCGACAAUAGCGAUGGUGAUGCCCGCAGUAACAGUUACCAUGAUGACAUUUAUAUUGAAGACUGA